ACCUGCUCCAUCAGACCACCAGCCUGUACAAAGCCAGAGGAAACUGUAGUGACAUACAAAAGGACGGGAGAAACAAGACAGGAGGCACGAGGAAGAAAUCCAGAGAACCAGAAGGAAAGAAAGACAUAAAAAGAGGAAGUUUGGCCAGUGUGAAUUGACUUUGGGAAAGUUUUGGUACUCUGCAGAGAGAGUAGCGGUGCUAAUCUGGUUGGAAACUCAAGGAUCAGAAGGAAGUGAAAAAAGUCAAGGAGGAUAAGCGUGAAAAGGACAAAGGAAUUAGUUUCCUGGAUUGCAAAGUUUUCUUGGAUUUCUCCCACCCCUCCUCCUGGGCUGAGCGCAUAGGGGGAGGAAGAACCGUGUUGACCGCAGGGAUGAAGUAUAGCUACCAGCUACCAGUGUCAUCGUACACCACGCGAUAUAGUCAGUACACACCAAUGACGUACACACCAACACACUACACCCCCAGCAAUUACACACCUACGCAUUACACCCCCAGCAAUUACACACCUACGCACUACACCCCCACCAAUUACACACCGACGCACUACACCCCCACCAAAUACACACCCACUUCAUAUACCCAAACAAAGUACAGCUCAACUCACUACACCCCCACAAGCUACACCCCAUCACUUUACACACCUACACACAAAAUCAGUUCCAGUUACACCCCUUCGUACAGCAAAGGAACACGCUACAGUGCUGCUGCACGUCACACAGCACAGAUACCUGCACAGCAGACUCCUGCACCUCUACCACUCAAGCCAGUCCGGGCUGUACACUUCUCCAAUGACAUUAUCUUCCAGGACCUUGUCCGACAUGGUGAGAUGGAGCAGAUUGGACGCUUUAUGAGAGCGAAGAAAGUACGUCUGCAUACCCUGUUCCCAUCUGGUAUGGCAGCACUCCAUGAGGCCGUACUCACAGGGAACCUGGAUUGCGUGAAGCUGCUGGUGAGAUAUGGAUCUGAUGUCCACCAGAGAGAUGAGGACGGCUGGACGCCGCUGCACAUGGCCUGCAGUGAUGGCUUCCCCGAAAUCGCCAGCUACCUGCUCUCUCUUGGUGCCAGUGCAUUUGCAGAGAACGAGAACGGGGAGAAGCCAGCGGACCUCAUUGACCCAGACUGUAAGGAGCUGGUCAAUCUAUUUGAGGCAGGCUCUGUGUAACUCACUGGCCACCUACAGAACAGGACCUGAAGGAGCAUGAUGUGGACAGAUGGAUAGUGUACCCUGGUCCUGAGACUAGCUUCUUGGAAUGGAAAAGCCCAGCCAGAGAGAAUUAGAAAGUCUGGGACAAGGGACCAGGCCACUUUUCCUGCUACAGAGCACUUGUAGCCUAUUGUUUUCUAAAUGCAUAAUUGUGACUCACAAUGCUUUUUGGAGCGGUUUUGUACAUCAAGUUGGACAAUACUUUGUAAAGGUUAUUAUUUUUUGUAUCUUUUUCAUUCUUUGCUUAAAAGAAGUUGGCUA